AUGCCGUCGACCGCGAAAUCGCCGUCGAAACGCGCGGAUGACGUCGCGGAGCUGUCGAAAGCGUUGAAACUGUUGAGCUCCAAACAAUCGGACGACGACCGCGCGAACGCGCAGCGCAGACACGUCCUCCGACGCGUCCUGAACCUGCUCACGAUCGCGGUCGACGUGUCUAAACUGUUCCCAGACGUCGUGCUGAACGCGCACACCGUGGACGUGGCGUGUAAGAAGUUGAUUUACGCGUACAUUUGCCACCACGCGCGGCGCGAACGGGAACUGGCGACGCUGGCGGUGAACGCGCUGCAAAAAGAUUGCGCGAGCGCGAAUGAAACGAUACGGGGAUUGGCGAUACGAAGCAUCGCGGGAUUAGGGGUGGAUGAUUUGAUCGAGUACGCGACGGCGUGCGUGAUGGCGGGGUUGAGAGACGCCGGAGGGUAUCCGCGAGCGGUGGCGGCGAUGGGGGCGCUCAAGGUGUACGAUUUGAAUCCAAGCGCGGUGCGGGAGACUGGGAUACUGGAUGCGCUGCGAGAAAUGCUGGUGAACGAUACCGACGCGGGAGUGGUGGGGAAUUGUUUGAUCGUGUUGAGGGAGAUUGACGGGAUCGAGUCGUUGGCGACGAAGCCCAUCGUGUACGCUUUGAUUAAUAGAAUUAAAUCGUUUAGCGAGUGGAACCAGGCGUUGAUUUUGGAGUUAGUGGGGGCGUAUGAGAUUCAGAACAAAGAUGAGACUUUUGACAUCAUGAACGCGCUCGAGUCGAGGCUGAGCGCGCCGAAUUCCGCCAUCGUUUUGGGCACGGUGAAGGUUUUUUUGAACAUUACGCUCGAGAUGCCAGACGUGCAUCAACAGGUGCUGGAGCGCAUCAAGGCGCCGUUGUUCACGCUAGCGAACGGCGGAACAGUGGAAACGAGCUACGCGGUGUGGGCUCACGUGCGGUUGUUGGUGAAACGCGCCCCCAUCUUGUUCUCGACUGAUUACAAGAACUUUUAUUUCCGCGGGAGCGAUUCAGGGGCGGUGAAGAGUUUGAAGCUUUCGAUGCUCGUAGCCGUCGCGGAUGCGCAAAACACAUACGACAUCGUCACCGAACUCACUGAAUACGUCACCGACGCGGAUAUCGGUAUUGCGCGCGCCGCCGUGCGCGCGGUGGGGGAAAUCGCACUCUCGGCGGCGGAUGAUUUGGAAGGCAUCGUCGACCGCUUGUUGCAAUACUUUGAUUUAGACAUCGAGCACGUGACAGCGGAAACGAUCAUUUCGGUGGUAAAUGUCUUGCGCAAGCGUCCAAAGUACGCGGUACAGUGCGUUCAGGCGAUCAAGAACAUCGAUCUGAUUGACGUCGUCCCGUCUCGCGCGCGCGGCGCCUUGGUGUGGAUGUAUGGCGAGUACGGCGAAGAUAUUCCGCUCGCGCCGUACUUUAUCGAGCCUGUACUCACAAACUUUGGCGAUGAGCCGAGCGCCAAUGUGCGAUCACAACUGCUGUCGAGCGCGAUGAAGCUCUUCUUUAAGCGCGCACCGGAGAUGCAAGCGAUGCUCGGCGCCGCCUUGCUUGCGGGCUCGUGCGACACAAACCAGGAAGUGCGCGACUUGGCCAGUUUGUACUAUCGCCUGUUAGAGCGCGAUGUGCGCGCGGCGGAGAAAGUAGUGAACUCGCGUGAUAAGUCAUCGCCGAUUUACACCUUCAAAGAAACCGUGAUAGAGGAUGAGACGUUCGACAAGGUGUUCAACGAAUUCAACACAUUGUCCGUGCUGUACGAACGUCCAGAAGUGAAAUUUGUGGACCCGGACGCGUUCACUCGUCGCGCGCGCGUGGAUGCCGACGAAAUGGACGACAUCGCCGCGGGCGGUGGUGGCUCAUUGAUCGACCACUCGAUGGAUAUGAUUGACCUGGGGGACACCGACGAGGAAAAGGCGUCCGCCAGCGGCGGUUCGGCGGUGGAUUUGCUCUCGCUCCUCGACGUAGACGUACCGGCGGCGCCCCAAUCUGUCGAUGCGCCGCCGGCAGUAUUCGCGCUCGAUCCACUACCAGCGCUCGAUUCGACGAGCUUUCAAAUGAAGUGGACGUCCGCCGCAGUGGUGGCGACGGGAUUGCAAGCGACGCUGCGAUCGAACGCGCUCGCGAGCGCGGCGCAAGUUACGCAACAUCUCGCACCUCGAGGCGUCGCCACCAUGGCGAGCGGUGGACCGUCGAAUGCGAUGAAGUUUUAUUUCUACGCCAUCGAUAAUGGAAACCGCGAAAUCUUUCUAGUGGAAGCGCUCAUCGACGCCACGGCGCGUGCGGCGACGUUUACGGCAAAGUGCGACGGCCGCGGGACGAAUUUCGUCGCGUUUCAACGUCUCUUCGCCGAAGCGUUGUCAUCGAUUCCUUAG